UGUGCUGGACCGUGGUGGACCGACUUCCAGGCACCCUGAUAGCGAGACACGCCACGGACACACGUCAGGCAGCCUGUUGCCUUUCUUAAUCUCGGCACACAUCUUCUUCAUCCCCAACUCAGUCUCCGCACGCGCAUCUGCAUUUGCCAUCUCCCCUCAAGCCGUCCUACACAUCCAGAUCCAUGGCCUGCUCAGCUUCCUCGCAGACCGGCAGCGUAGGCCACGGCGGCAAUGGAGGCCCGGGCGGCAAUGGAGACAACCCGCUGCCGCUCAUCCCCUGCCCAAUCUGCGGCAGCCGCCUCUCAAUGGCCGUUGCGCGGAAAGGAACCCGCCCCGGCAUUAGGUACUACAAGUGCCAGUUCUUCAGUUCUGGACAGUGCUCCUUCUUUGAAUGGAGGGAGGGAUACACACAGCUCGUUGGUGGAAAUCAAGUGCAGGCUCAGCCAGCGCCUCCACAAGCAGCAGCUCACGCAGACCCUAUGCAACUGUCGAGGCUGAACCUGCUCGUUAGCGCCACCAACACCAUUGCAAUCCUCCUCGUCCUAGCAGUUGUCAUUGUCCACUUCAUGUGGGCAAGCAGCUACUGAAUCACCGGUGGACCUACGGAACUCCGGCCGGGAAUUCUAGUUAGCUAAAUUACGAUAUGUGCUGCAGGGGACAUUAGGUCCCAGUUCUAUUUUUAUGUGUGCUACGCGCACCUAGUCUUCUUUUAGGUGUGUUUCUAUAUUUCCCCACUGCUACCUAGAACAAGACCGGGAGGGGGGAUUUUCCACGGGCCGCCGGCGGGAGAUGAAUGCACUACGGUGGGGGGAGCAGCACUGCUGCGCUGGUCACCGCCUCCUACCAAAAUCGGCCGGGCCGCCGCACGCCAGGAAGAAAGCAAUAUGAGGGGGAUGGUGGGGGGGGGGACAGAUCUCUCUGGGUCGGUCGCGAAACUUCACUUACAUCGUGGACCCUGGUC